GUCGGAAAUAGAAAUUUUGUGACAUAAGUGCUCCCGAUAAAAUAAAAGAGCAUAUCCUCUUCGGGCAAACUUGGAUAAACCGCUGGUUCUAUCCCAAUUUCACAAGAUUGUAGACAGCGGUAACGACACUGCUUCCGUCCGGGCUUGCCAGUAAGGUAACCUGCGAAGAACCCCUCAUCUCACCGAGCGCAUUUCGACUGCCAACAAUUCACAACAACCACCACCAACAUGUCGCGAAUAAAUCAGCCGUCCAACCAAAUCAAGUUGACCAACGUGUCUAUGGUGAGGCUAAAGAAGGGCAAAAAGCGCUUCGAAAUAGCCUGCUACAAAAACAAAGUGCUAGAAUGGCGCCAAGGCAUCGAAACCGAUGUGGACGAAGUCCUCCAGAUCCCCAAUGUCUUCCUGAACGUGUCCAAAGGCCAAACCGCGCCGAAAGAAGACCUGGUCAAGGCCUUUGGCAAGGACAAGCCCGUCAACGAUAUCAUCCUCGAGAUUCUCAACAAGGGCGAGAUCCAAGUGGGCGAAAAAGAGCGGGCGGCGCAGAUGGAUCGGACCCAUCACGAGGUUAUCAGCAUCGUGGCAAGCAAACUUGUCGACCCGCGGACGAAACGAGUAUACACGACGGGCAUGAUUGAGAAGGCGCUGGAUAUGCUGAGCUCUCAGGCGCAUCAGGGAGACAAGAUUGCGGCGGGGAGCGGUGCGGGCACACCUGCUACUGGUGACGACGGGGAGGCCAAGCCGAGACCGAAGGAGAAGGAGCACAACUGGACGGGGGUGGUCACGACGAAGAGCGCCAAGAGUCAGGCAUUAGAGGCUAUGAAGGCUUUGAUUGCUCACCAGCCCAUCCCCGUGUCGCGAGCACGCAUGCGGUUGAGGAUCACUUGCACCACCAGUGCGCUCAAGCAGUCGGUCAAGGCGCCCAAAGCAGAAGGUGGUGAUGAUGGACAAAAAGCAGCACCUGGGACGGUCAAGGACAGGAUCCUGAGCUACAUUGAACAAGUGGAAACACAAGACGUGAUGGGAUCAGAGUGGGAAGUUGUGGGUUUCGUCGAACCGGGUGCUUUCAAGGGUCUUUCCGACUUCCUCGGCAACGAGACGAAGGGACAAGGUCGAGUCGAGGUGCUGGAUAUGGCUGUAACUCAUGAGGAUUGAUAGUUGAUACCCCGGUUUAAGCAUGGCAUGGCGCUCAUGGUUUACGAGUACAAAAAAAAGGCGGUAGUAUGAAUAGAAAUAUUAGUGUAGACCGACACAAUAAUGUUAUUCCCGUGCGC